AUGCUAAGCUCCCGGUGGUCCGGUGGAGUUGGAGGGACAGGAAGGAAGGAGGGUCUGUGCCGGCCGAGUGGAGUGGGGAACGCGUGGCAGCCCCCAAUGGCACUUGAGUCGGAUGACGGUGGCGGUGGCGGAGCGAAGAGGCGGCGGGUGGAUGAGCAAGGUCGCCAGCGCACGCAGGUGGCGGCGGGGCCAGAGUCCGCCUCGGUGGUCCACCUCUCGGAGCUGCCGGAGGACCUGCGGCGGCGCAUCCUCACCCGCCUUCCGCUCAAGGACGCCAUCCGCUCGGGGGCGCUCGCGCAGGGGUGGCGCGACCUCUGGAAGAGCCGCUAG